CGCCAGCAAAGAUUUUCUCGAGAAGCAGUCCGAUUUCACCCGCCUAACAUUGAAACGAUGCCUUCUCGAGAGGCCACCCAUGCAGGCUCUUGGUACUCCGACAAUGCCGCGACGUUGACGCGUCAACUGGACGAAUGGAUGAACCGAGUCCCGAACGAGAUUGAAGGGAUAGGGAGUCUACCGGUAGCUGGUGCCAGGAUCAUCAUCGCUCCACAUGCCGGAUACGCCUACUCUGGCCCCUGUGCAGCUUUCGCGUACAAAUCCCUCGAUCUAUCCAAGGCGAAACGCAUCUUCCUCCUUGGACCCUCUCAUCACCACCCGUUCUCCAAGAUUGCGUUGCCGGAACUGUCAUCCUACUCGACCCCGCUCUCGCAAGAACCACUUCCUCUUGAUAGAGAAAUAAUCGAUGAACUGUCGACCCGGACGGAAAAUGGCACCGUUCGCUUUACCACCAUGAACCAAGCCAUCGACGAAGCCGAGCACAGCCUGGAGCUCCAUCUUCCGUACAUCCACUACUUGCUCCAAGGGCUGUACCCAGGCGAGCCAGCAGCGUCCUACCCCAAGCUCGUGCCCAUGAUGGUAGGCAGCACAUCCGCCCCCACCGAACAAGCCUUCGGCCGCAUCCUAGCCCCGUACCUAGCAAACCCGGAAAACGCCUUCAUCGUCUCCUCGGAUUUCUGCCACUGGGGUCUGCGGUUCGCCUACGCGUACUACGUCCCGGACGCCCCGGCGCCGGGACCAGUUCUCCCCUUGUCCUACGCGGCUCUGCCUCAGCCGUCGGAGGCCUUGAAGCUCGGCGCCGCGAGACCCCAGAUCAGCGGCAUGUCGAAGGGCCGGUAUCUGCGUGCGGGCGACCAGCUACCAAGGGGCGCAGGUGUGCCUAGCAUCCACGAGAGUAUCUCGGCCUGCGACAUCGCGUGCAUGUCGGCCAUCGCGUCGGGCCACACGCAGACCUUCCUCGACGCGCUCAAGAGCACGGGAAACACGAUCUGCGGAAGACACCCAAUCGGAGUCAUCAUGGCGGCGAUCGAGUUCGUCCUGGGUAAGGACAAGGAGAAUAUGAGGGAUCUGGAUAUCAAAGCUGGUGAUGAGACGCAUCUGAUGCGAGGAGCGUUCAAUUUCGUGCGGUAUGAGAGGAGUUCGGAUUGUAUCUCGGUCACGGAUAGCUCUGUGAGCUACGUCUCCGCUUUCGCGGUGCUGUGAAAGGGUGCAACCAUGCUGGUCUCAGAGUCUCCCGGGCAGUGAUUUAGGGCCUGUUUGUUUGUAAGAAAGUAACGAUGAUUUCAUCUCAUGAUUGUGUCGGGCUAGGCGGUUCUGUUCUUCAAAGCUCACGAGGCUAAGGGGUAUCGAUGCAGUAGGUAGGCUAGGGUGUAG